AUGGAUCAGACUAACUUUAGUGAGUCCGCGAGCAACAAUUCACAAUCUGUAAAAAUGGAUCCAAAAUGGAUAGGAAUCCUCGAAGCAGUGAUUUUAUUUUGCAUCAUGAUUCUUGCAGUUGUUGGAAAUUUCCUUGUUGUUGCCGUCGUUUACCGCCGACGGGAGCUGCGUCGAACGGAAACACACAUUUUUAUCGUCAAUUUAAGCCUCACGGAUAUUUUUGUCGCGCUUUUGUGCACGCCUUUUUCCAUUAUAACAGCCGUGACGCAGAAAUGGAUUUUCAGCAACUCGCUGUGCCAACUAAACGGCUUCUUAAACGUGUUCUUCCUCCUGACCUCUAUACUAACGCUGACGGCAAUAAGUAUACACAAGUAUAUAGGGGUAGUACAACCAACGAAGAAAAAGAUCUUCACAAGAAAGAGGACUAUUUGUGUGGUGGUCUGGGUUUGGCUUCAAGCCUUUGUUACAGCUCUUACGCCCAUUCUGGGAUGGAACAGUUACGAAUAUAUCCCAGGGAGAACGCAAUGUUCUGUCAAAGUGCCUCGUAAUAAUAAACUAAGCGAGUUAACAAACUGUCUAUUUAUCAUCGUUUGUGGCUUUGUGAUCCCGCUAGGAAUAAUGAGCUUCUCUUAUUUAAAGAUUUUUCAGACUGUUAAGAUUCACACCAAACGUGUCCGCAGUCAUUCAUUUGGCAGCGAGGAACAAUCGGCUUUCCUAAACGAAAGGCGUAUUACCAUCACGCUUUUCAUAAUUCUAGCAGUUUUCCUAGCUUGUUGGACUCCAUUUUCUGUCCUUACUUUGUACGCAACACUUGCAGGUAAUGAGCUGCCUAAAUACUUCUCUGUUGCAGCUUACUGGCUUGGUUUUUUGAAUUCCGCAAUGAACCCGGUCAUCUAUGCCCUAAGAACAAAAGAAUUUCGCCAAGGGUAUCGGCAGAUUUUUGGAAUAAUAUUGCCGUGUUGUUUCCAGAGAAUCGAGUCACGGGAUAGUGACUCUUUCGCAGUGCUUCGUGGACGCAAGAGCUUAAAAAGUGAAGUGAGAUCUACUUUAAAGCGCCGCGGCCAAACGGAAAGAGAAAGUCAUAUACAGGGAAGUGAAAAUGGGACUUUUGUAAAUAAUUGCACCGGAAAAAGAACACAACGAAAAGGUGCAUUGUCAGAAGACUGGGAAGACAGUAAUAACAGACUUCAAGAUAGUUUGUACACUGAAGGCGAGGAAAGUUGUGGCCCUGUGAAGGUAGUGCCCGUGGAUGCCGUGAAAAUCGACGGCAUUGAAGUUCAUCAAAAUGGCGGAUUUGUUCAUACAGAAGAAAAAAGCGAGAACAGUAAGGAAUUCGGAGAAAGUGAAGAAAGAACGUUCCUAAACAGUAAUGAUGACAUCGUAUCCGAAUAUUUGUCUCCCGUCAGGGAAAAUAUGCGGUGGGAUUCAAAGAAUUUUUCGAAUAGCGAAACUGUUUCGAGGAAUCUACAAGACAGCGGGAAAAAAAGACGAAAAAGUACAUCGGUUAUGACUGCGGUUCAAGAACACGAAGAGCGCAAAAGAAGACUUUGUCGCUCUAAAAGUGAUUGCAGCAAGAUAAGCAAUGGUUCUGAAAGGGAUAGAAGUUUCUCGUGUCCGCUUGUUGACAUACUAAAACAAACUUCUGAUCCUUGGCUACGGGAAAAUUUCUCGUAUUUGAACAAAAUAGCUUCAUCAGAACUUGAAGAGAAAAGUGAUGGCUUUGACUAA